GUAGUAGCAACAUGCCGCUGUGAGUGACGAGCGAUCGGUACGUACAGGUGGAAAAGAAACAUAUGUCAUUUAUAUGAUUAUAUAGUAAAAUUCGAACAAAGAAAAUGAGGUGGCUUAGCUCGUGCUUGUUGCUCGUCUUAUCCAUCGUUAACGUACGUUGUUACUUCAUCACGGUUGACGCCCAUGCCGAGGAAUGCUUCUUCGAUAAGGUCGAAUUCGGCACCAAGAUGGGUCUUACAUUUGAAAUAGCAGAGGGUGGAUUCUUAGAUAUAGAUGUUAAGAUAGUCGGCCCUGAUGGUAGAAUAAUCUACCAAGGCGAACAGGAGAGUAGUGGGAAAUACACGUUUGCUGCGCAUGCUUCAGGCGUUUAUACUUACUGCUUCAGUAAUCAAAAGAGCACAAUGACACCGAAAGUGGUAAUGUUCAAUAUGGAUAUUGAUGAAAAUCGGAAACAAUCUGAGGGUAAUGCUGGUACAGAAGGUCAGGAUGGAGAUAGCAAUCAUGGAAAGUUAGAUGAUAUGAUCAAAGAUUUGAGUACCAGCUUGUGGGGUGUGAAAAACGAACAAGAGUACAUGCAGGUCCGUGAUCGCAAUCACAGGGCGAUCAACGAGAGUACAAAUUACCGUGUCGUGGUGUGGGCGUUCUUUGAAGUAGUGGUACUGGUAUGUGUAACGGUAGGGCAAAUCCUUUAUUUGAAACGAUUCUUCGAAGUGCGAAGAAUCGUGUAAUUUAGGAUAACUAAUGAUACACUGCGUGAAUCAAUUGUACAUUUUUCUAUGUAAUUAAAUUAUCUCGUUCACAAUAAGUCAUCGGUAAAUACGUUCUCCAUUUUUUCGAGGUUAAACUCAAACUGUACAUCGUUAGCAUUAAGGUAUUUCCUACAACUGUAAGAUUUCUAAUAAACCAAGAAUUUGUAACGCGCGCGGGACGAAAUCGAGGCUUCGUGCAAUUGUGAACGUUUCCCCAACGGUGGGAACGUUAAGAAGAAUGAAAUAUGACUGUAAUAAGGGAAAAAAAUACAUAUGCAUCUUUCUCUAA